CGAACCGACAAAAACGCCGCCACCGAACAGAAGCGUCAUUCCGUCAUUUUCCAAGUGCGAGAGUGCAGUGUCUCAACAUUCCCUUCUGUUUUCGUUGCGAUUUUUUCCGCAAAAAACAACCCAAAAAACUCGGAAUGGUUACCCAUAUUAACGACAAGGCCGACCUCGUAUCGAAACUGAACGAUGCCGGGGAUCAGUUGGUGGUCAUCGAUUUCUUCGCCACCUGGUGUGGACCUUGCAAGAUGAUUUCCCCGAAAUUGGAAGAACUUGCCCAGGAAUUCCAGAACGUCCUAAUUUUCAAGGUCGACGUCGACGAGUGUGAGGAGGUCGCAAUGGAGUACAAUAUUUCGUCAAUGCCUACAUUCGUUUUCGUCAAAAAUAAUCAGACGAUUACGCAGUUCAGCGGCGCCAACUACGAGAAGCUGAGGCAGUUGGUGUUGGACAAUAAGUAGUCAGUUUUUAUUUUCAUGUACUUGAAAAACACAAAAACUGCAAAUUUUAAUGAAAAAAUUUCCAAAAAAAUAUUUUUUCACUGCGUAGGUUUCUGUUUGUGUUUUUUUCUCUGUUGGCAUUUGAUUUUUAUAAUUGCGUGAGUUGUUGUAUAUUUGUGGUUCACUAGUGCGCCUUACACAAAAUGUAAAAGCAUAUAUACAUUCGCAUGUAUUACAGUUACAAAAUUCAUUAAAAUGUUAAACAAA